AACCGGAGAGAAGGAGAGUUAAAGAGAGCAGGGCAGAAAGCAAAAGGAAGUGUAGAGAGUGCAGGGGAGGGGGUAGCUGAGGAGGUGAACGGAGGGUGAAGAGGAAGAGAGGAGAGGGAAACACAAAAGAAAGAGGGGGAGCGAGAGGAGGAGAGGCAGCGCGAGGGAGUGGAGAGUGGAGCUGAAGGGGAAAUGGCUUCAGAGGAGACGAGCGGAGGGGCGCGCAAAGCCACCAAGAGCAAACUCUUCGAGUUCCUCGUCCAUGGAGUGCGUCCCGGGAUGCCAUCAGGAGCGAGGAUGCCCCAUCAGGGGGCACCGAUGGGACCUCCUGGGCCUCCAUAUGGAGGAAGCCCUGCUGUCCGGCCCGGACUGACCAAUCCCGCGAUGGAGGCCAACCGCAAGCGGCCGGUCCCCUCCCAGCAACAGCUUCCGCAGCAGCAGCAGCAGCAGCAAGCAGUACAGAACAGGAACAGGAACACCAAGAGGAGGAAAAUGGCCGAUAAGAUCCUUCCACAAAGGAUUCGUGAGCUAGUCCCAGAGUCCCAGGCUUACAUGGACCUGCUGGCAUUUGAGCGCAAACUGGACCAAACCAUAAUGCGCAAACGGGUAGACAUCCAGGAGGCACUAAAAAGACCCAUGAAGCAAAAGCGUAAACUGCGGCUCUACAUCUCCAACACCUUUAACCCAGCCAAGGCCGAUGCCGAGGACUCCGAUGGCAGCAUUGCAUCCUGGGAGCUCCGGGUGGAGGGCAAGUUGCUUGAUGAUCCAGGAAAGGUGAAAAGGAAGUUCUCCUCCUUCUUCAAAAGCCUGGUGAUCGAGCUGGACAAGGACCUAUAUGGGCCAGACAACCACCUGGUGGAGUGGCAUCGCACGGCCACUACACAGGAGACUGAUGGCUUCCAGGUGAAGAGGCCAGGUGAUGUUAAUGUGCGCUGCACUUUGCUGUUGAUGCUGGACUACCAGCCGCCCCAGUUUAAGCUGGACCCCCGGCUCGCCCGUCUGCUGGGUAUCCACACGCAGACCCGCUCCUGCAUCAUCCAGGCCCUGUGGCAGUACGUCAAGACCAACAAGCUGCAGGACUCCCACGACAAGGAAUACAUCAACUGCGACAAGUAUUUCCAGCAGAUUUUCGACUGCCCUCGGCUCAAGUUUUCCGAGAUCCCUCAGCGCCUCACCAACCUGCUGCUGCCCCCGGACCCCAUCGUCAUCAAUCACGUCAUAAGCGUGGACCCAAACGAUCAGAAGAAAACAGCUUGCUACGACAUAGAUGUGGAAGUGGAGGAUCCACUCAAAGCCCAGAUGAGCAACUUCCUACUCUCAACAGCUAAUCAGCAGGAGAUCGCCUCCCUUGACAAUAAGAUCCAUGAGACCAUCGAGUCCAUCAACCAGCUGAAGAUUCAGAGAGACUUCAUGCUCAGUUUCUCCAGAGACCCUAAAGGCUAUAUCCAGGACUGGCUGAAAUCUCAGAGCAGAGAUCUCAGGCUGAUGACGGAUGUCAUCGGGAACCCGGACGAAGAGAGGAGGGCCGAGUUUUACUACCAGCCCUGGUCUCAGGAGGCAGUCAGCCGUUACUUCUACUGCAAGAUCCAGCAGAGAAGGCAGGAGCUGGAGCAGGCACUGGCCUUGAGGAACACCUAAGACUGCACCUACAACGCCUGCUGCCUCUCCGACACGCCCUCUACAGCCUGAGCCACACAGAUGUCCAUUAGCCGUGUGUGUGCGUGUUGGGGCGGAUGGUUCCAUUCCAAAGGCCCCUAGCACUUGUUCUCCUCAGCCAAUCAGGGUGCUCGGCCCCGGCUUUUACAUUAGACUAUCAUGAUGGCACCUAACAACCCAGUGGUAAAAUGUUUCCUCAAGUUCAAUCUGAACCAUCAACACCCAAUAACAGUAAUGGACUGUUCUGUUGAUGUUCUAUUUUUAAAAUUUCUCUUAGCCCAAAAAUCAGCAGUCUUUGUUCUAUACACCAAUUUCCCUUUGCAGGUCAAAUUGAUUUUGUUUAAGUACAUUUCCUAAACAUUAAGUCAUUUGAGCUGUUUGAGUUUGAGAUAUAAUCAGUGUUAUGGGCACAAGUGUCACUUCAGGAGGGUCAUGUUCUGGGUUUAUCACGAUGUGUGGUGUCUACUGUCGUAAGUAUUCUGUGGCAUACUGCUCUGUGAUUGAGUUUCAUUUCUCCAGAGCUUGGCUAUGCCACUUCAGUAGUGCGCAUAUAUGAAGUAUAUUAAUCCAAGCUGUUGGCCAGCAAGGGACGUGAAGUGGCCUGUGGUAUUUAAACACUGUUCUGCCAUCAUUAGCACGUACUGAGGGUGUUGGAUGAAGGUGUUGUGAAAAUUUGGGGCACAUAUGAGAAAAAAAGAAGUCCUGUCCUUUUGAGGCAAUAGUGCGGUGAUUUCAUAAAACAGUGUGACUCAGUGUUGCUCAUAAGGCUUAGGAACAGUCCAUUUGUAUAAAGGUCAAAAUUGUGUAAAUAUUGGGACACGGUUUUAUUGGUUGUCUCUCUAGUUAUCUGUAAAACGUUUUUGAAUGUGUUCCUGUGCCCCUGCUUGCUAGAACCCAAAACAAGGAUGAAUGGGCUUUAUGAACAACACUGGUGUCAAAGUCUGUUUCUGGCCUGGAUUUGAUGGUCCUGUUUUCAUUUUCGAUAUCUACCAAAGGUCUCCAAGGCUUAGGUUUGAAGUAUUUAUUGAUUAAUUUCAUAACAAAGGGCACGAGCUAGUCCUUAGAGCUGAAUAUGUAGAAAGUAGAAAACAAAAUAUGUUUAGUUUGUAAUGGGGGGCAAAAACACCUCAGCAAAAGCAACACAACUUUGAAACCUUUUGCACCAAGUUGUUCACCGUGAGUCAGUCGUAAACAUCUUCAUUGUUAACUGUCGAAUGAAACAAUGGAAAGAGUUAACUGUUCCUACAGUUGGCACGUAUUGCUGUUGUAAUGAAGUGUAGUUCUGCGUCCUCAUUGGCUGUGUGUGUUGGUUAUCAGAACCUUACCACAUCGUAGUUGUCAGGUAGAGGGUGACUUAACAGCAACCAGGUAUAUCAUCGGAUGUCAUCCAAAGCCAGAGAUCUAUGAAUCAAAUAUCUCCUCGUGGGAGGAGAGGUAUGUUCAGAUGUUUUGGGGAACCCCAGUGGAAAUGUUUGCCCUGAGGGUAUUUUUCAUUUUUUAAGACCUACGCAUGCUGCAUGGACAGAUUUUUAUACUUUCAUACAAGGAUGCUAAAAAGCCCUUCUGACUGAGAGGGAGAAGAUCAGAGGAGCACUGACCCCUGGUGACUGGGUCAAACCUACAAAUGGACAAGAUUUCCUUUUGGGUUAUCUACUGGCUUUCUGUUUGUUUGUUUGUUUGUUUGUUUGUUUGUUUGUUUUUGUUUGUUUUUUAAGUCUUCUGUAUUGAUGUUUUGUCUUUAUAAAAGACGUAGUGAUUUUAGUAUGAAAAUAGAAGCACACAGUGGAUUUCCACCAGGACACGCACUGUUGCCGUCUCAUUCAUCAAGACUCGAGCACCCCCUACUGGACACCAUGAGUACAGCAGCCACCGCAUCACAGACCACUCUGGAACCUGUGGGGUAGUUGCUUCAGUAUCAGCAACACUUUGGACUGUGAAACUUUUAGCCUGUUCGGUUCUUGCUCUUGUCUUUGUGGCUUUGCGUGGCAACGUCAGUAAUCCUCUGUGUUAGUUUAGCGGAGUCACCGUGACGACCGCCUUGGGCUCUGAGUGGAAGUCAUCCUCCUGCCCCAGCUCACGUUUCCAUGGUGACUCUUCCUAACCAAUACGGAUAAAACAGGGAACUCACAUCUGCAUUAAAAGGCAACUUCCACCAGCAGUGCGCCAGUCAGGUCUAGAGCGCUUAAUUUGUGACCUAUUUCUUAAUACCGACAAAGGAAAGAUUGAUCUCAUCGCGUCGGGCCAUUUGUACGCAAUGGGUGUGCAUAAAGUAUUGAGUUUUCUAGUCCUUGUCAAUGAAUGUUUUGUUUUCUUAAACCCAGUGUUUCCUACGGUCCACUAUGAUUGCCUUUCUCACGGGUACGGUUGUACAUUUGCUGCAUCACCUUGUUCCACUUUCAGCGGAGGAACUAGUACGAGAGAACCAUGGCUGUGGUCAGAGGCCCGGCGUGCGUGUAAAUAAACGAGCACUCGCCAAAGUUUGCUAAAGAGACCCGU